AUGUUUGCAGUUUGCUGGUACUCACUUCCGCGGCCGCCGCUGACAAACGGUCCACCCGAGCGCGUACCGGUUUCCGCCUGGCAGAACGCGCGCCUGACGCGCACUCGAUCAGGCAGAAGAGUCUGGUUCUCGGUCUCUACCGGCUGCAACGAUACUCGUUACACGAACCUGUGCGAAUGGAUGGGUUCAGAAGCGCUCGCUGCUAAGAUAUAUGCAAAGCAGCGAAAGCUCGUGGAAGCUAGAUUGAAGUCCGCGGCUUUCUGCUCUUUUGGACGACAAAAUCGGAGCAGUUUUCGCCUCUGGCUACUGCUCCCGACACGCCCGCGCAUCAGUUGCGGUAGCGAACGCGUUCGCGAACUUUGUUUGGUCUCGUCAUUCUCCUUUCGACUUUGUUGUUGCUUUAUGGCUAGCGUGAGAAGUUCUCAUGGUUGCUGUGAACGCUCUCGGAAGGUGCCUUUGACUUGGGGCACUCCGUGGGCCGGCCGCUUACUGCUCUCGCUUGCUGUGCUUCGCACUGCAUCACGCGCACGGCGGUGCGUACGUGGACCGGAGCUUUCGGUCGUGAGACUCCUUUUAUCGACGACAAGCAAGCAGCGUGGGCGAGUUCGCCAGUCAGGUGCCAGGUGGCGAUCUACGUCGUGCGGUGGGAGCCAGUCGGGUUUCUGCUCUCUCGCCGACGUGAAGACUCGACCGAGCCCACCAGCGGUCCGCUGCCUCGCACAAGGUCCUGAAGCGGCGUCGGCUUCAGCUCAGUGGUCCGUUCCAGCAAACUCGAGGACUGGUCCAUGGACGCAAACAACUGGAAUCGAGCAUGCCAACAAGAACGCUUCACCUGCACACGAAGCGGGAGUCAUGGCAUCGGAUGCGCAGGAUCAGUGGCUUCCGACGCUCUUUCUGGUGGAUGCACUGAGCAUCGUGUAUCGUUCCUAUUACGCAUUCCAGAAGAAUCCGCUAUACAGCAGUAGUGGCAUCAAUACCUCUGCGAUUUACGGUUUCAUUCAGACGAUUUUGCUGCUGCUGCAAAAGUACAAUCCGGAAGCGCUGGCCGUCGUCUUCGACAGCCAUACGACAGAGCCAGGGCCGGGGAGUUUUCGGCAGUUACUGUUUCCCAAAUACAAGGCCAAUCGGGAACGCAUGCCGGAUGGUGUUCGGGAUGCGUUGCCUUACGUGAAACGAGCUAUCCACCAACUGGGGUUGCAAAGCUUUGAGCUCGAAAGCUUCGAGGCGGACGACGUGAUUGGAACGCUGGCCGCACUGGCCAAUCACAACGGCUAUCGAGUCGUUAUUGUUUCGAAUGAUAAGGAUUUCAAACAGCUCAUCAAAGCGGGAUGGGUGCGCCUUCUACGUCCGACACGCAGUAGUGGGUCUGGUGGUUUUGACGAAGUCACCGAAGCAGACCUUGCCGCCGAGUGCGGGACAUCGAUUCGACCACAGCAGUAUCCUGAUGUGCUGGCGCUCGCCGGAGAUGCAGUUGACAAUAUCCCCGGUGUGCCUGGAAUUGGGAUAAAAACUGCGGCACGCCUUAUUCGACAAUUUUCGAGUAUCGAGGACCUUAUCUGUAACCUGGACGCUAUCGAACCGCCGCGCAUCCAAGAAAAAAUCAUCUCCAAAGCGGAUGAGUUGCUCAGGAACAAGGUGCUCGCCAAAAUCCACCAGAAUGUGCCGCUCGAAAAGCUUCAGUCAGAGCGGAGCCCUUCAGCGGACGCAGGAAAUGAGCUGGUGACUGAUGCCCCUGCUUAUGACGCAAUGUGGAUCGCGAGUUGUCGACGAGGUCCGUGGCAGCUCAAUGCGCUGCUCACGCUGCUCCGUGAGCUCGACAUGGAGGCGCUUUCCCGACGAAUUCAGUAUCUGGCGAGAUCCCUGGGGCAGAGCGACCACGAAAAACGAACGAGCGCCUCUGCUCGUGAUUCGCUAGAGACUGGCUUUAUGGCAGCACCGCGCGAGCGUCUGGACAGUCCGCUUGCGAACGAUGAGGUCAUUAACCAGCCGCUUGCAUCCGAACAAGAGAUACCGCCUGAUUCACAGCACAACAACCUUCAUGAUCACGUGGACGAUAGGCUGCAGCCUGCAGCAGGGCCCGCUAGGGAUGUACCGUUCACGUCAGUCACCGACGAUUCUGCUACUGCUGUGCCUGGUAGCGCACAAGAGUCAACGCGGAGCACGAGCGCCCAGUCUGCUGAACUGAGGCCGAAUUCGGCGUCGGUGCCAGCAAACUGGUCAGCGGAUGAGCUAUCCAUGUACCUGGGGGCGCCCCUGCGGUACCAGAUCAUGGAAGCAGACGCCCUCUUACAUUUCUUGGACGGGAGCGGGACCCACGAGCCCAUCGGUCUGUUCAUGGCGCAUGUGAUGCCUGAAACGCGGCGUCGCCCGCGUCAUCGUACGAAGGAAGCGGCAGCAGCGCCUGCAGAUGCCGUCAACACUGUUCGCCUGUCACCGAACAGCGCUGACGCGACAACAACAACAACAACUACUACUACUACUAAUACGCAUACGACAGCAGCAACAGCAGCAGUAGCAGAGCACCCGCUAAUUCUCAUGGGCAUCGCCACCGACCAGGGCAAUGCAGCUGGGGCAGUGCUGCCAGCGACCGCGCCCUGGCUAGAUACCUGGUUGCGGCAACUGCGGGAGCGUCUCGAUCAGGCCCAUCAGCGUCAUGUCGGUUUCGAUCUGAAGCACGUUCUUCGGUUCCUACUAGCCCGCGACGAUGUCCGCGCCGACGGCGUCUGGAUCGAUCCAGCGGUCGCGCAUGCUCUGUUGUAUCCGGAGGAGGCGUUCGAACGCCCGGAGCUGCUCGCGAAACGAUACCUUGGUGACUUGGGCGUUGCGCUCUGGAAUCGCUACGUCGAAGCACCGCUGACUAGUGCAUCGACGUCUGAGACAAGAACAGAGGCGUUAGCUCUGGCAGCCGCAUUCCAGGCUGACUUGGCGCGCCACAUUUUCCACCGCCAGGUCACGCGCUUGGAUGCCGUGGGCAUGCGAGCGCUUGCUUUCCAGGUUGAAUUCCCAUUGACUCUAGUUUUGGCGGACAUGGAGCGCACUGGUGUCUAUGUAGCGCAGCAGGAGUUGCGCGAACUAGAGGAAAAAAUGGAGCGCGAAUUGCGGGAUAUUGAGACGCAGAUCUAUGCACUUGCAGGAACAACCUUCAACAUUCGUUCUGCGGAUCAGCUUGCGCGAGUGCUCUUCGAACAACUCGGUGUUGACGCGCCGCUGAGAACGCCCGGAGGCAAAGCAAGCACGGCGGAUCGGGUGCUCGCUGCCUUGGUGCGACGCUACGGCCAAGAAGGAGAGCGGGGUACUGCGGCGCUUGUUGGUGCGUCACCCCGAGAACAUGGUGCUGAGGCAUCUGCAAUCGAUGCUUCGAAGGCGUCCCGGGCGGCAAGCAUUGCGGCGCUGACCCAGGAAUAUCGCCAGAUUGCAAAGUUGCUGUCGACGUACGUUCGCGGUCUGGUCGGCCACAUUGACCCGAAGACGCAACGCAUUCAUGCUACGUUUCAUCAGACCGGUGCGAUUACGGGACGUCUUUCGAGUUCCGCACCCAAUCUGCAGUCGAUUCCGAUCCGCAGCACCCGAGGUCGCGCACUGCGGAGCCUUUUUCGGGCGACACCGAUCGACACGGUGCAUCGUGCAGGCGGUACUGAGCCAGCCGGCAAUGUACUCAUCUCCGCGGAUUACGAGCAAAUCGAGUUGCGCAUUAUUGGAGCAUUGAGUGGGGAUGCGGUGCUUCUACAGGCUUUUCGUGAUCAAGUCGAUGUGCACGCGACGACCGCGCGACAUCUGUUCGGUCUGCCGUUUGACGCAAAAGUGAGUGCAGCGCAGCGCACCGCCGCCAAGGCGAUCAAUUACGGGAUUCCCUACGGCGUCACUGCUUACGGGCUGGCCCAGAAUCUACGAAUAUCUGUGGCAGAGGCACGAAAGCUCAUCAGGGAAUACCACGAUGCUUUUCCGGGUGUGGCACGGUUGAAGCGGGAGCUCCUGGACAAGGCACGGGCCACGGGAUAUGCAUCGACGCUGCUUGGGCGUCGACGCUAUCUGCCAGCGUUGCAUUCCCGCAACUACGCCGAGCGUACUGCAGCCGAGCGCGCUGCCGUGAAUAUGCCCAUUCAAGGAAGCCAGGCGGAUAUGAUCAAAGUCGCGAUGGUGCGAAUCUGGCAAGCGCUGCGUUCGCAGCACCUACGAACCCGAAUCGUGAUCCAGAUCCACGAUGAACUCGUUUUCGAGGCACCUGAGUCGGAACUCGCCUCCGUGAUGCCUCUUAUUCAAGUGCAGAUGGAGCGUGCGCUCAUCCUGCCGAACGAUGUUCCCGUGAAGGUGCGCAUUGGAUACGGGGUGUCAUGGGCAGCUGCGCACGCCCCCUAG